CUGUUGUCUAGUGCGCAAGCCCGCUAGUCGCUUAGGGGAACUGAAUGAGCUGAUUUUGACGUCAAAGGGCACCUCAAGAUCACGCACGUCGGUUUUUCUUCCCGGUGCAAAGUGUUUCAGUAACUUCUAUCACAGUUCUGCCGUAAACAUGGUCUGGCCGACAAUCUACGAUGGCAAAACUGAGACGGGCUCGGCCGAGAAGCCGUGCAUGCAGAUGGCGGCGGCCAAUGCGGCCACACACCUGCAGCACAUCUGCGCCCUGGACAUCGACUCCAAGGCCUCCUACGUCAGGCUGUCCGGCAUCAUUUGUACUAUUGGCCCAGUAUCCCGCGACGUGGCCACGCUAGAGAAGAUGAUGGAGACGGGAAUGAACGUGGCUCGCAUGAACUUCUCGCACGGUUCUCACGAAUACCACGCGGAGACCAUCGCCAACUGCCGUGUAGCUGAGAAGAACUACAGUGCCAAACUCGGCAUGCCCUUCUCGCUGGCUAUAGCGCUGGAUACUAAGGGACCCGAGAUCAGGACUGGGCUUUUGGAAGGCGGUGGCUCAGCAGAAGUAGAGCUGAAGAAGGGCGACAAAAUCAAGUUAACCACCGACCCGGCUUACGGCGAGAAGGGAAACGCUUCCAUCGUGUGGGUGGACUACAAGAACAUCACCAACGUGGUCAAGCCUGGCAACCGCAUCUUCAUUGACGACGGUCUGAUCUCGGUUAUCUGCGAGAGUGCCUCAGCUGAUGCCCUGACCUGUAGUAUCGAGAAUGGCGGUAUGCUGGGGUCCCGGAAGGGAGUUAAUCUGCCUGGCUUGCCGGUGGAUCUGCCGGCCGUUUCCGAGAAAGACAAGUCUGAUUUGCUGUUCGGAGUUGAGCAGGGCGUGGACAUGAUAUUCGCGUCGUUCAUCCGCAACGGCGCGGCGCUGACCGAGAUCCGCGGCAUCCUGGGCGAGAAGGGCAAGAACAUCAAGAUCAUCUCCAAGAUCGAGAACCACCAGGGCAUGGUCAACUUGGACGAGAUUAUUGCUGCAUCUGACGGUAUCAUGGUGGCGCGUGGAGACCUCGGUAUCGAGAUCCCUCCGGAGAAGGUCAACCUCGCCCAGAAGACCAUGAUCGCGAGGUGCAACCAGGUCGGAAAACCCGUAAUCUGCGCCACCCAAAUGCUGGAAUCCAUGGUCAAAAAACCCCGUCCGACCCGCGCUGAAACCUCUGACGUUGCCAACGCGAUCUUAGACGGAGCUGACUGCGUCAUGUUGUCUGGAGAGACGGCUAAGGGAGACUACCCACUGGAGUGUGUUCAGACCAUGGCCAACAUCUGCAAGGAGGCCGAGGCCGCUAUCUGGCACAAGCAGCUGUUUAGCGACUUGUCUUCUCAGGUCGCAAUCCCCAUCGAGCCCGUCCACUCUGUCGCCAUAGCCGCGGUAGAAGCGUCAGCCAAAUGCCUGGCGUCCGCCAUCGUGGUCAUCACGACUAGCGGCCGUUCCGCCCACCUCUUGUCCAAGUAUAGACCGAGAUGCCCCAUCAUUGCGGUGACCAGGCAGCCCCAGACGGCGAGACAGGCGCAUCUGUACAGGGGUGUGCUGCCUAUUGUUUACCAAGAUGGCUCGUGUGUUUCAGAAUCGCCCGUGUCGGACUGGCUGAAGGAUGUGGACAACCGCGUGCAGUAUGGACUGAAGUUCGGCACCGCUCGCGGCUUCGUGAAGAGCGGAGACUAUGUGGUGCUGGUCACUGGGUGGAAGCAGGGGUCUGGCUUCACCAACACUAUGCGUAUCAUCCAAGUCGAGUAAGCUGAUGAAACAAAAGAGUUUCAACAAAGAAGAAAAUAUUUUUUGUUAAGUAUUAGCUAAAGUUACUUGCAGUGAUGUAACAAGAUCUACAUAGAUGUAUAACUAUCAAGUGAUAUAUUACCUAAUAAUAUGUAUGUAAAUGUUUCUCAAAUUUACACUUAGUCUUAGGAGAUGUAUUUAUUUAUGUGAAUUAUUGUCGUUGCCUAUGUACUAGGUACUGUUUGAUAAAGUUUCAUGGUGCAAGAAUGCCCAAUAAAUAUGUUAAAACUUACUAAAAA